CGUCGCGGCAAGCCGGCGCCAGCGCCGUGACCUUGUCUACUUAUCGCGAACGCAUGACCCUCGCGCUCAGAUUAGGUGAUAGGUUCUUACUUUGCUUACGCCGACAAUAUAAUGUUGUCGACGUAAAUAUCUACUCCAGUACCCACGCAUUUUCUGACAAGAAUUUCACGGAAUUUUUGACGCGCCAUAAAAGUAAGAAAGUCCCCAAACCCGAGCACAAUUUAUCAGCUGGCCACACCGCGGAGCGCGGCGCGGGCGCGCGGGGCGCGGGUUGGCGCCGCUCGCGACGUCAGGUGCGCGCGUCUGUGUGCGUGCGGCGCCACCCGACCCGCCGCAGAGCGGCUGCUUGCCACUUUGUGGGUACUUGUGAUAGUCUCUCAGAGGCUGGGAGUUUGGAGAUGGCAUUAACUACUUGGCCGGACAAAUGGCACAAACCAACACUAGUGCCAUUACAAAAAAAAAGUUAGUAGAAAGAAAAUGAUAUCAAUAAAGACAUUAUUUAUCGGAAUAUACAUGAAGAUAUAAAAUUUAAAACCUAAAGACGUUACCUGAAGAGUGAAGACUGAAGACAUUUUCUGGGUGCUUCUCCAAAAAAGAUUAAGAUGACCAAAGACUAGGCUGGCCAAGUUCCCUUUGUCUGGCCGAAUGGGCAAAUAAAAAAAGGAAGUAAAAAGAUUAAUUUUCAAAAUAUUAUUUUAAAAAAUUCUCAAAAAAAAUUAUCACUUAUUAAUUUUAAUUGAAACGUUGCGCUACUUAAUAAGUAAGCUUAAUUAUGUGUCCAGUAACAUAGGCCAUUUAUUAUGUAUGUAUGCCAUGUAAUUAUAAUAACUUAGUAAUUAUC